GAAACAAAAUGAAAGAAGAAGGAAUUUUUUUUUUUUCCUUCCGUGGGGAAGCAGUUUCAUAAAUAACCCGAAGAUAUGGCACAUUUUCGUGGUCAAAUUCGGGGACCACACUGGGGUGCUAAGAGGGAUAACGUAUUAAUAGAUUUCUGGAAAAAACAUGAAUGUUUGUUUAAUUCGUCGCUGGAGUCUUUCUACGACAGGGAUAUGAAGACAAAGCUGUGGUCUGAGUGCGCCGUGUUGCUCGGGAAAUCUGUCAGCGAUGUUGUGAGAAGAUCAAGGUCUCUGCGGACUCAGUACGGGAGGGUGUUAUGGCACCCAGAGAGGGUCAACACUUUUCAGCAAAGGAUGCUGAGAGAGAAACUGGACUUUCUGAGACCUUACAUUGUUCGCAGACGAGGCGAUUCCUAUCCGGAAGAUAAGUCUGAUGAUCACGAAGACGAUGAGGGAGAGAUUGAAACUGAGGGGAGUAAUGAUCAUGAGACAGGUACAAGUACAUUUGGAAGCCCUUUGGAUGAUGAUGAGGCUGGACAAGACCCAAAUGAGGAAUUUCCAUCUGAGGCAUCAACCUCAAUCAUUUCAUCCUACUGCCCAAAUACGCAGCCUCAUCUUGCAGACGCCACAUCCUUCAGUUUUGAACCUGACACUGACCAAGGCUUACCUGAUGUUUCUGAUCAAUUAUCAGCAGCAAAUAUACCAAGCCACGAUGUACUUAACCAGUUUGUAAAUGUCAUGUUGUCAGAUAUGUGUCAGAUUAGAGACAAUAUGGUGCUUAUCCGACUUCGCCGAGAUAUCACUGACUUGGUGUGCAAAGCUGUGGAAGAGGACACACAGAGACGUAUUCCACUGCCCAUUGCACAGCAAGGAGAGAAUAUGCAACUGCCAAGCUCCUCAAAGCCUCAAAUGUUCUCACAGAGGAUUUUAAAGAGAAAGAACAGGGGACCUGUAAAGCACAUGAGAAGGAGUUCCAGGAACCAAGCUGGUCAGACACUUGAGGAGAUGAAUGGGAAUGUUCCUUAUGCUAUUAUUCAGGCUUCUGAUAUCAAAUUAGAAAUGGAUCCACACAGGGUUAAGGCAGAAGAUGAGACACUUGGUGUCCUAUGACAUUUCAGCAGGUGUGCUUGGAUCACUGUUAUUCAACAUGUUAAAUAAUGUGCAUAAUACUGACCAUAACAUGGAAUAAUAUGUUUUAAGAAAAUGGAAAUGUUCUAAGAAAAGAGCUUGAUUGGUUAUGAAUUGAUAUUAAAGCCCUAACUGCAGUUAUGGAUAUCAUUGGCAUGUUUUUCUUAUCAAUGUUCAAUUAAAAAAAACAUGCCAAUAAUAGGCAUUAAAAGCAGCUUUCAACAAUUCUAUCCAUGAUCAGAAGCCAAAGAACUUGUUUGAUUUUGUAGACAAUCAGUGU